CAACCCCGUGCGGGAGGCGGGGACCACAGAGAUAAACAAGGCUGUGGCUGGAGUCACGUUCUCCCUCCCUUCCUUUCUUCAGACAUUAAUUCCCUGAGAGGCAGGGCUGUGUUCUGGCUAAGAGGCUGGGGUCAGAUAACUUGCGCUCCAGCCCUAGUUCUGCUGCUUUCUCCCUGGUGGUCCUGCUUCUGGGCCUCCGUGGCCGCACUUUUCAGACGAGUCAGGAGUGGCAUAAAGGGGAUGGUGCACGCUCUGGGGGCUCCGGGGGCAGGGCCUGGAAGGUGAGAGGUGAUCAUUCCCCAUUCACUCCGUAGGCUCACGGUUUGCCAGGGUCAGGCUCUGGCUGGCUGCUGGAGGCAGGGAUGACCCAGGAGGCAGAUAAGUAAACAGCGAGAGCUCCCACCCCUCCCUCCUUCUCCCCCCACCCUUUCCCACCCAAGCAUCUGAACACCCAGGCUCAGCAAGUGCAGGACCGCCUACCUGCUUUUACCCCACCCCUGUCCUCAGGCCUGCCUUGACCCUUGGGCCAACUCUGAGUGCCCAGCCCGGCACUGGGGGUGGUGGGGAGAGGGCAUCAGUAUCAUUCAUCAUCUCAAAGCCCAGAGGCACCAACCUCUGGUCCCUCUCCCCACCUCAAACCUGAGAGCCCACCCCCUGAGAGCUGGGCCCUGGGUUUUUCCCACCUGGUGGGCAGAGGGCCAGCAGGAGCCAAUGGAGACGUGGGGAUGCAAGGGGCGGGCCUGGGAUGUGGACUGUAAAAGGGGGUGGGGCCAGACACCCAGUUGCCUGGUUCUAGGUGUCAAGAGGUGCAGUGCAGGGGCUCCUCCCAACUCAAGAGCAGCUCCAGGCAUGGGCAAAGAGAAGACCCACAUCAAUAUUGUGGUCAUCGGCCAUGUGGACUCGGGCAAGUCCACCACCACGGGGCAUCUCAUCUACAGGUGCGGGGGCAUCGACAAGAGGACCAUUGAAAGGUUCGAGAAGGAGGCCUCGGAGAUGGGCAAAGGCUCCUUCAAGUACGCCUGGGUGCUGGACAAGCUGAAGGCUGAGCGGGAACGCGGCAUCACCAUUGACAUCUCGCUCUGGAAGUUUGAGACCAAGAAAUACUACAUCACCAUCAUCGAUGCCCCAGGUCACCGCGACUUCAUCAAGAACAUGAUCACAGGCACCUCGCAGGCGGACUGCGCUGUGCUGAUUGUGGCAAGUGGUGUAGGUGAGUUUGAGUCUGGCAUCUCCAAGAACGGGCAGACCCGUGAGCAUGCACUGCUGGCCUACACGCUGGGCGUGAAGCAGCUCAUCGUGGCGGUCAACAAGAUGGACAUCACGGAGCCUCCUUACUGUAGCACACGCUUUGAGGAGAUCAGCAGGGAGGUGAAGACCUAUAUCAAGAAGAUCGGUUACGACGCUGACACUGUCCCCUUCGUGCCCAUCUCAGGCUGGCUUGGGGACAACGUGAUAGAGCCCAGCGCCAAGAUGCCCUGGUUCAGAAGCUGGAAGAUUACCAGGAAGGAGGGGAACGUGGUAGGCACAACGCUACUGGAAGCCCUGGACUCCAUCGUGCCCCCCACCCGCCCUACAGACAAGCCCCUGCGGCUGCCCCUGCAGGAUGUGUACAAGAUUGGGGGUAUUGGCACCGUGCCUGUGGGCCGGGUGGAAACUGGCAUCCUCAAGCCGGGCAUGGUGGUGACCUUUGCCCCCUGCAACAUCACCACUGAGGUCAAGUCUGUGGAGAUGCACCACGAGGCCCUGGCCGAGGCCCUGCCUGGUGACAAUGUGGGCUUCAAUGUGAAGAACGUGUCCAUAAAGGACAUCAGGCGGGGCAACGUGACAGGGGACAGCAAGAAUGACCCUCCCUUAGAGGUGGGGAGCUUCCUUGCCCAGGUGAUCAUCCUCAACCAUCCUGGCAGCAUUGCAGCUGGCUACUCACCAGUUCUGGACUGCCACACUGCCCACAUUGCCUGCAAGUUUGCAGAGCUGAGGGAGAAGCUUGACAAGCGCUCAGGCAAGAAGCUGGAAGACAAUCAGAGCCUGAGGUCUGGGGAUGCUGGCCUCGUCCAGAUGAUUCCGAGCAAGCCCAUGUGUGUGGAAAGCUUCUCUGAGUAUCCUCCUCUUGGUCGCUUUGCCGCACGGGACAUGAGGCAGACUGUGGCUGUCGGGGUCAUCAAAGCCGUGGAGAAAAAAGCAGCUACUGGAGGCAGAGUCACCAAGGCCGCCAUGAAAGCUGCCAAGAAGUGAGUGGUGACGGCUCCUCUGGCCCCUCUGGGCCAGGGCCACACCAGGCAGAGCUAUACCCAGGACAGAGUGGCUCAAGGUGAAGCCUUAAACUUGGGCUUCUCUUGACUGCACUGUCUUAAACCUGCCCCUGCUAACUUGGUUUUCUUUUUGCUGAUGAGUUGAAGGCAUGGGAAUAAAGCUCAGCACCUCUUUUUGGCCUCUGC